AUGGCGCUGUGCUCCGAGGCCUGUGUCUCUGGCUCAGGAGGAGAAUCCUCCGGGAGUGAGGCGGGUUCUAGCUGUCUUCAGUUUGGGGUUCGUUCCUAUCUGCACCACUUCUACGAGGAGUGCUCGUCCUCCAUGCGGGAGAGAGACCCGGAGGAUCCGAGGUUCGUCCAGAGGCGGAGGUCAACCCUGUGGUGGAAUUCAGCAGUCUGGAAGGUGUACCUGGCCCUGGGUCUCCUGAUCCUGACUGCAGGUGUUGCCAUCCUGUCAGUCGGUUACUCCACUCCCCAUAGAAUUGAGUCGUUCGGAGAGGGUGACCUGUUUUUUGUGGACACCCAGGCCGUCAGCUUCAACAGGGGGCUGCACCUCAGCACUGCGGUCGGGAUCGGGCUCUCCUGUCUUGGAUCGGCCAUGGCGGUGAUGGGGGUCGUCGUUAUGAUCCUCCCCAGGGCCAAUUUGAAAGAGAGGCUGUUCCACAGACCGGGGGAAAGGGGACGGAGAGGAGAGUCUGGGUCAAAAUGGAGGGGCUUUAGGGAUCCCAGGGAUGUGGUCACUAAGCCUCCAGGUAUAGAAGAGGGGAAGAUACCCGUCACUCUGUCGGAGGUGGAGAAUGUGCAGUCCGCCUCUUAA